AUGGAAGGGGUCAUUAGUAAAAUAUCAGGAUUUUGGGGCGCCUGUAUAAAAAUUGCGUCCCCCACUCAAAUUGCUACGCAGUCCACUCCCACCGCCUCACACCGAAGUGGAGACGGGGAGAGAGUGCCGAGUGCGGUGUGCCCACUCCUCGUACUCGCCACCAGCACCACCGCCGUACUCAUCCCAGCGUCGCAAUCUUCACCCGCCACUGUUUUUGUUCUUUGUCUCUGUCGGAGAGGGACGAGCUGGUUGGCGAUGGAGAAGAAGGCGUUGAUCAUAUGUGCGUCCGCGGGCUUUCUAGGCCUCCUCUCCGCAGCACUCGCCUUUGCUGCAGAAGCCACAAGGAUUAAGGUUUCUGAUGUGCAAACAAUACUAGGUACGUGUGUGUACCCAAGAAGGAGCCCAGCAGUAGCUCUAGGAUUACUAUCAGCAGUGGCUCUUGUGAUUGCUCAGGUCAUCAUAAAUUCUGUAGCUUGUCAUAUGUGCUGCAAUCAUCCUAAUCCAUCAGACACCAACUGGAGAAAAGGGUUGAUCUCCUUUAUUGCUUCUUGGGGUAGCUUGGUAGCAGCGCUUGUUUUUCUAUUGAGUGGUGCUGCCCUGAACGACCGGUGGGGACAAGAAAAGAUGUAUUUUGGUGAAUUGUGCUACAUUGUGAAGUUUGGAGUAUUUUCCGGAGGCGCUCUCUUGUCUCUUAGUUCGGAUCAACAACAAAGUCAAGUCAUUCCAUUUGGUGAUGAUCCUCAUACUCCUCCAGCAUUUCUGCACGAGGGUACUCUUAAGUUACAACCUGUAGAGAUGAAGCAUGUUUGAUCCUUGUCAACUCUCUAUUUUCAUUUUCUUUUGCUUGUCACCUCACCUGCCCAUAUGCAUAGAAUCACUCACUACUUCAGAGUGCUGUUUGAAAUUUUUGCAAAUAUACAAUGUUAUUGCUUGAGACUUUUAGCUUUUUUUCAA